CUGUGCCCGCGCAGCUCGCGCCGCGGUCCCCUUAUUUGGAUCUGCGGGAAUGUGGGCUGGAGCGGUCCUGCCGCGGUACCAGCCUUCUGCCUGUCCCCGGGACUGCCCCUAACCCAGGCGCGCCCGCUGCUCGGUGGCAGGAGGGCCGGCGGAGCGCCAUGGCCUGCAUCCUGAAGAGAAAGUCUGCAAUUGCAGUGGGCUUUGUAGCAGCGUUCCUCUUCCUGCUGGUUUUACGCCUAGUAAAUGAAGUGAACUUCCCAUUGCUACUAAACUGCUUUGGACAACCUGGCACAAAAUGGAUACCAUUCUCGUACACAUACAGGCAGCCCCUUCGAACACACUAUGGAUACAUAAAUGUGAGAACGCAAGAGCCUUUGCAAUUGGACUGUGAUCUUUGUGCCAUAGUGUCAAAUUCAGGUCAAAUGAUUGGUCAGAAGGUGGGGAAUGAGAUAGAUCAAUCCUCCUGCAUUUGGAGAAUGAACAACGCCCCCACCAAGGGCUAUGAAGAAGACGUCGGUCACAUGACUAUGAUUCGAGUUGUGUCCCAUACCAGCGUUCCUCUUUUGCUGAAAAAUCCUGAUUACUUUUUCAAAGAGGCGAACACCACUCUGUAUGUUAUUUGGGGCCCUUUCCGCAACAUGAGGAAGGAUGGCAAUGGCAUCGUUUACAACAUGUUGAAAAAGAUCAUCGACGUCUACCCAAAUGCUCAGAUAUACGUGACCACAGAGAAGCGCAUGAGCUACUGUGAUGGUGUUUUUAAGAAGGAAACUGGGAAAGACAGAGUCCAGUCUGGCUCUUAUCUCAGCACAGGAUGGUUCACCUUCAUUCUGGCCAUGGAUGCCUGUUACAGCAUUCACAUCUACGGGAUGAUAAAUGACACCUACUGCAAGAUGGAAGGGUAUAGAAAAGUCCCCUACCAUUACUAUGAACAAGGAAAAGAUGAAUGUGAUGAGUAUUUUCUUCAUGAACAUGCUCCUUACGGGGGGCAUAGAUUUAUCACUGAGAAGAAAGUAUUUGCUAAGUGGGCUAAGAAACACAGAAUUAUAUUUACACAUCCAAACUGGACAGUUUCUUGAUGUUUGUAUUUUCCAUUUUGUCAAACCACUUGAUGUGAUCAUAAUACUGCAACUGUGAUGCUAAUGAUGAUGAUAGCAAUGAUUAAGACCACAAUAAUGAUGAUCAAGUUUCUGUACAUUCUCAGAUAUGGAUGGUGACUGCUCGCAAUUUGAACUUGGGAUUCCAUAGAGGAUGGUUUUGCUCAUUAUAUUCUUUCUGAAGGCUCAACACUACAUACUGCACUUUAUUAUUUAACUGGAAGUAAAAUUGAAGGCCAGUAAUAUGCAGCAAUGACCUAAGAAAUGGGAACAUAAUCCUCCAAGAUAACUACCCGUAAUAUCAGAAUAGGGCCUAUCUUCUAAUGCCAGGGAAUUUGGCCUCAUGAGGCAAGUUUAUUGACACCAUGACCUCUGAAACAUAAGCAAGGCUACCAUCUUAAACACAUGUUGAUUUUUAAACACUAACCCAAGAGAUAAUAUUGGGUAUGACUACUUUUCCAAAGUUACUAGUUAUCUUGGGGACAAGAAAGGAAUCUCUUCACAUGCCAUCUUUCCUCGGUACUUCCUAUAGCUAAAGUCUCAGGCCAUUACCUAAUUAACAACGAAAAUACCAUGGACAUUCUACCCAUCAGGAUUAUUUCACUAUCUCAAACAUUUAAAAUGAACCAAAUAGACUUGUGAAUUUCCACUCUCACCUCUCCAUUAUUAUUACCUGAAAUAAUGUAACUAGGGAUAUUUGCUAGAAUAAUCUAUAUUAAUGUUUAGACUUUUUUGUUGAGUCCUAAAUAUUUCAGAAAGCAUUAACACAUAAGAUACCAACACUGUAAUACAUAUACUGUGAAAACAUUCCUAAAACAUAAUCAAAAGGGUUACUAACUCUGCUUCAACACUCGACAUCAUAUAAGUACGAGCUUUUAAAAAUUUAAGAAGCAGAGAAAGCAAAGGAUAUUUUUACAUUACUUUUUAUCUCACCAUUCUUCAUAAUAUAUAUUUGUAUAGUCAAAUUUCUAUUUUAUAGGCCCAAUAUGUGUCUCUCCAUAUAUUGCAUUAUUCUUGCCAAGUGCCAACUAUUAGACAUGGAAAAGACAUGUCUCCUUCAAUCCAACCAGAGUUUUUUGCCUUCUUGGGGUUUAUUUCACCCCAGUGUAUCAGUUGUUAUACUUUAUUAACAACAAUAAUAAUAACUUUUGUGUCCAAAGUACUUUGUCAUUUAGAUUCCUUCUCAGAUGCUAUCCCAUGUAGUACCUAUUAUCGUCCUAUUAGGCUUUUUACUGCCUACACAUUCUGACAUCUCUGUAGCAGAUAAUAUGUAAUUUGUUUAUUAUUAUGCUAUGUUUUGGAUCCCUCUUGUUAAUAUUUUAUAGAAUGCCAUUCAUAUAGUCUAGUAACCAACUGAUUCUAGUGCCAAAUAUGUAUACAUUGUGUCAGGAAGAUGCGAAACAUAUCACAAGCGUAGUCCUGGCAAUAGAUUAGGACUCCUGUGAAUUUAGGUACUUUGGACUUUUUAAAAUGACUUUUUAGAUGGGGGAAGGAAUGUGAUAAUAGACACAAGAUGGAAUAAAAGCAGAGAAUAUAGUUUUUCACCCACAUUUAAGAUGACUAUUCUCCAUAUACUCAUUGAUCAUGAAGUAUCAUUAAAUUAAAGAUUGAUUUGCUGAGAGAGUAACUGAGAGACCACAAACAUCCUUGCAAAUGAUUCAAGAACAAAAGGCCAGGCUUAAUUUAGAGACUGUUCUGGAAGCUGGGAGUGAUUACGCAUUUCACCUCAGGGACACUUUGCAAGUCUUUACCUGUGCUGUCCUGUGAUUAGUCAUCACUGCAAUGGACAGAGGUCUCUUUCCUGCCUUCUGUCAUUUCACUACCCAAUACUCAUAUCUACAAAAAUGAUCAACUGUCUCUUCCAUAGUUGAAACUGUUUUUGAUGUUCUUUUGUUGUUUCUUUAUAUGAUUUUCUGUUCUAUGUUGCUAUUUUUUUUCAAGCUUCUGAUGGAUAGAAAUGCCCAGGCAAAGAAAAAUAAACAGAUGCAAAUGUUAAAAAUUGUUAAUGUGGUCUGUUUGUCCCCCCU